UCUCGUCGAGUCGUGCGUCGCUCCUCCAGAGUGGCCCCCUCCGUAACAACUCGCCCCGACCCUGGAGUUGCCCAUCCUCGCCGUCAGCCUCCCCGACCUACUCCAUGCCUCCCUCCCACGCCUCAGAGGAUCUGCCCGCUCGCCUCCGGCUAUCCCUGGGCUCGCUCUCACCUGCGGUCCGGUCUGCUGAUGAGUAUCGCCAAUCGUCUCACCUGCGUCCGCCGCCUCUCUCGUUCGAGUCUGUAUCUGUCUCCCGGGAUCCUCCUGCGGCUGCGGCCUCCUAUCGGCCAGCAUACCAUCACCAGAACUCGGCGCUGCCCUCGCCCGAGUCCGCUGUGAUUCCCAAAUGGCCGGCGGGAUAUCCCGCCGAGUAUCCUGUCUCUGGCGACCACAAGUAUUAUCCCGGGCACGGCGACUUCAAGUCGCCCGAGUCCAUGCGCCCGCCGGCCAUCCAGCCCGAAACCCGGCUCUCGCACAACUACCCGGACCUGGCCACUUUCCGCGACAGCGAGCUGGCGUCGCCUGUCGAUCGAAGCCAGCCUCUCUUUGGUGCCCCGGUGUUCCGAUCGGAUGGCUAUGGCCAUGGCCAUAGUCAUAGCCCCGUUUCUGCCGGCAGAAACGACGGCGGCGACCUCGCCCGAGGACUGCCCCACCAUCCACACCCCGGCCACGACUCGGCGCCGACGCUGCCGGCCAUUUCGCCGUCGCCCCAUUCCGCCCAUCCUCGGCCCACUCGCCAUCCGUGGGAUCCUGUCUAUGGGGGUGGCUCCCCAACAGAUCCACAUGGACCAAGAUACUCGUCCCAGCCCGAGCACCAUCCCUACAGACUCUCUUGGUCGGCAUCGUCCUCGCCUUCGCCUUCGCCCUCGGACCUGGCCCGCACGCUCCCUGUCCCCACCGGCUAUUCCACCGGCUAUUCCACUGGCUAUCCCCGCGGCUCCUUUGCGACGCCGCUGGACUCGCCGCCCUCGGGCUCCUCCCAUCGGCAUCUGUACGGCUUCCGUCCUGCAACACCGCCGCUUCCUUCACCAGUCGAGACACCCCAUCCCGGCUCCCCGCACGCCGUCGUCGGUCAAGUCCAGCAAAAGUACCAUUCGCCGUGCAUGUCCAGUCUGGAUCCUCCCAGCUUCAUUUCCUUCGGCCAUCCUCUUGGGAGUGAGGCCCUCAAGACGGGUCUGCACAAGCGCGGGCCCGAGCCGUCCAUCCAGGGCUCCAACAAACUGCCUCGGCUCGUCGACUGGUACGGCGACACCGUCCUGGUGCAGAGCGCCAAGCGUGGCUCCAUGUCUUCGUCCUCAUCCGCGAUCGAUGCCAUGGUCAAGAGCCCGACAGUUCCUCUCUCGACCCGGUCGUCGCCCGACGAUGCCACAGCAGUCACAGGAGCCACAACCAUUGCCGCCGCGGCGCCGCGCGGACCCAAGACCCCCGGCAAGAAAAACAAGCAGAUCGAGGAGGUGCUCGGAUGCGGCAGCUGCAGCUACCAGGCACUCUUUCUGCUCCACUGCGACGCCCAGUCAUUCCCGCAGCCGGCAAUCAGCCGCUUCCACUGCUCGAACUGCCGUGUGCCCCCGAUGGACCCCGAGCUGCUGUACGAUACCCAGGCGGCAUCGGCAUCGGCAUCGGCAUCGACAUCGACAUCGACAUCGGCAUUGGCAUUGGCAUCGACAAUGACGUCGUCGGCGUCGUCCCUGUCCCUGUCCCUGCCGAUGAUCCAUACCCCCGUCAAGAGCCAUCGCAGGACCUCCCGUCGCAAAAAGUUUUACCCGAAUCGCGACCAGGUCUUGGACUGCAGCAUCUGCAAGCGCUCGUUUGGCUCGGGCCGGCUCUCCUUUGAUAUCUACCACCGCAACAACAAGUUUGGCGUCGAGCUCAUCUGCUCCCCGUGCCAGUCAAAGUACCAGUUCUGCACCAACUGCGGCGGCGGCGGUCAAUGGCGCACCGGCAAGUGGCGGCCAGCCGAGCUCUUCCAGAACGGCCGAAAGACCUGCGCACUGUCGCACUACCGCAUGGGCAACAGCUAUCACGUCGACUUUAGCACCUACCAGCUGCCCCUGGCCAUGGCCAGCGGCCAGGGCACCACCGCCGGCGCCCACCAUGAGAUCUAUAACCAGAUGAACCAGCUCUGGAUCGAGCUCGGUCUCGUCCGGCUGGCUCAGUCCCGUGUGAUGGAGCAUUUCGAGCGGCUGUCGACCUUUGACAAGACCAAGACCAAGAUCGAGCAUCUCUGGCGAGCCGACAUUGAUCCGCUCCUGUGUGAUUCCAGCGCCGACCGCAUGGGCUACCUGACGCUCGGCUACAUCCCCGAGAUCAUCUCGCGCAAGAAAAAGUACCGUCUGGAGAAGGCCAAGCGAGAAAACUACGGCCUUACGACGGUUAGCUCAGGCAUCACCCGGGGGGCGGUGACGGCCUCGCUGGCAGCAGGCAUCGCUGGCGAGGGCGGCGAUGGCGAGGUCGAAGGCACCAUCGACGGCUCUGGAAGCCCCGAUGCCUGCAAGCGGUCCGAGACCAUCGUCGGCGGGUUCUGCCUGGGCUACUGGAAGAAGCUCGAGGGCACCUUUGUGCUCUUCCACCGGAUCGACCGGCGCCACGACGACCCCGGAGGCAUGAUGCUGCCGCUGAUCCACCGGAUGCUCCGACGGUUCCUGCAAGACGAAGCCGAGAUGGAGCGUGCCGGACACGGCCUCCCAAAGUGCCGCUACGUCUGGUUCAUGGCCCGCAAGUCGUGCGAGCACCCGUCCUGCUCCGAGACCGGAAGCACCGCCAGCUGGGAGCCUUGCCAGGAGAAGCAGCACCAACUGCAAAUCCAGCAACAGCAACAGCAACAGCAGCAGCAGCAGCAGCAGCCGUCGUCGGUGCUCGCCAAAGAAACCGAGUCGCUCAAGUCUUAUGUCGACUCGUACCGCAUCCAGCUUCGACGCCAGGGCUUUCUGCCGCUGCACGAAUAUCGGCUCGAGCAUCCCGAGGUGGACCAGUACAAGUUUACGGCCGAUCUCGGGUCCUAUGCCGGCCAGAAUCCGCUGAGCUUUGACAUUUUUGUGACUGAGUUGACUCGCUUUCUUGAAUUCCUAGAAACCGCUGCCCCGUUAUCCUAAUUUCGAGCCUGGUUGCUUGACACUCUCCCCUCCCCUCCCUCCUCUUUUUUUUUCUACUUCUUUCCUUUAUUUCCGC